GCAUUUAUCGAGCUCGCGGCGCGGCGGGCGGGGUACGAGGUAUCAACGUGUAUGCGAAGGCGAAUGAGGAGCUGGCUGCAUCGGAGCCUCCGAGGAGUGACUAUCGGCGUUACCUCAUGGAUUUUGCACAUUCAGAAGGAUGGGUGACGCGGCGCGUUGAUUUCAAGCACGCCAAGCUUCCGGGCCAAAUCCCAGACAAGUUCCAACAGCAGUCGCACAUUGGGGGGGAGAACGGCAUGGGAGCCGGCGUGCUGGCUCAUGCUUCGGCACUAUGGCCUGGUAUCGCAAGGAUGGAGUCAGCACGGUCACCGUACGAGCCAACGAGACGCACGGGACGGGCAAACGCGGGAAGGCGCACGGCUGACGAGGACAUGUUGUACUACGGGCCCGCGUCGCGAGAAGUUCAGGCCGCGGGCGUUCCGGGGGCCGCACCCUCGCCCGGCGAGCAGUCCGACGAGGAAACGACGGGCACCGCGACUGGGACGGGUUACGCAACGUGGGCGGCAAAUCAAGACGACGAAGGCAUAGAGACAGAGCAUGUUGAAGAGGAGCAAACCGACUUCGUGGACGAAGAUGCUGAAGCGGCGAGGUCCAGGCAGCGCAAUGUCACGGAGCUUAGCCACGCGGCACCUGUGACUCCCGCCGUCUCCACGCCGGGCGGACGUGGACCCACGGUGGCUGCGACGCGCAGUGUCAACGCCCCUCGCGUCGCGCAAGGUGCGGGGCCGGGCCCGGGCAUGAACACGGCCCUUGCUGCGCGCCUGCGGGAACGCGAGCGCGAGAUUGUCGAGCUCAACGCACGUCUCCGUGAGGCACAGCGCAGCGGCACCGGAGACGUCGGAGAAGGGGACGCCGACAAUCACGGGCAGCGCAAUAGGACGACAACCACUACUCGCCAGCGCGUCCGCCAGGACAAUGCCGCAGGACGCGCGCCACAGCGCGAGGCGGAACACACUCCCUUCGUAACAGCCGCACUCGCCAGGGAGACUGUGGUUGUUCGUGGCAGGGAUGGCCCGCCCACUGACCAGCUGGUUAUAUGGGCAGAGACGCUGGAAACCGCCAACAAGUUCAUCCCAGGCCUGUUAAACGGGCUGAAGGACGCUGUUAAGGAAGGGAUUGCGCUGCUCGUCUACUCCACACGUGUACAGCGCAUGACGUUUUGGCCGUCCACGGUGCUCAUCGAGGCUGUGCUCGCCCGGGCUCUUCGUCUGCGCACACGGGCUCAGCGACACAUGCUUCAUCUGGUGUGGACGAACGACCCUGCUCGCUCCGGAUGGUUUAUCCGGAAGAUGCAGGUGUAUCGCAACACGCGGUGGGAGCAGGGACGAGCGUAUGUAUACGUCCUGGAGGGACUGCCGUAUGACCCGCCAGCGUUCUCUCGCGUGGCGCUGCCUGCGGACAUUACGGUCGGCGCGCGCAGCAUCUAUUACCCGACAGGAGUUCAUUGGGCGGCAUCGCGCAGGUAA